AUGGGCGAUAAUCAAGAUCAACCAUUCACUUGGGAAAGCGAAUGUUCCACCAGGCUGCCUAAAAUAGAGCCUGGGAUCAAUACACAAACACCGACACCGCCAUGGAAACUACGCGUCGCGCAGAAGCGCGCAGAACAAUACGCCAAGAUUCCCGUUGGAUGGCGUAUCGACCAAACUGUUCCCCCUCCCAAAGACGCGGACACCUUUCUUCGUUCAUCUGGAGUAUUGAGCGCGGAAGAGCUUGCUUGUACGGAAGUUGAAGACAUCCAAGUCUUACUUGAGCAGAUUGCGACUCGAAAGUUGAGCGCAGUCCAAGUCCUCAAAGCGUUCGCGAAGCGAGCAGCCAUAGCCCAGCAGCUAGUGAAAUGCUGCACAGAGCUCAUAUUUGAAGAGGCUCUCAAACGAGCCAAGGCUCUAGAUGUCCAUCUAGAGCGGACAGGCUCCGUAGUUGGGCCAUUGCAUGGACUCCCGGUAUCACUCAAGAACAUAUUCGACGUCAAAGGGUUUGACUCUACCAUCGGCUGGGUUAACCUCAUUGAGAAGUUGGCGAAAGAAGAUAGCGUCUUGUCAGACGUUCUCGUAGCUCAAGGAGCUGUGCUUUUUGUCAAGACGAAUGUUGCGCAGGCACUAGUGUUAUCGGACUCCUACAAUCAUGUUUUCAAACAAUCUUUGAACUCACUCAACCGCGAACUGAUAUCUGGUGGCAGCUCAGGUGGCGAAGCGGCACUCGUAGGCUGUCAUGGUAGUUUGGUCGGGAUCGGAACAGACCCCGGCGGUUCCAUACGUAUCCCAGCAGCUCUGCAGGGACUUAACGGGCUCAAACCGACUGUUGGACGACUACCGUUCGAGGAGUCGAGCAAAUGGGAAUUUAUCGCACCGCCAGUGGCUAGUCCUCUAGCAUUCAGCCUCUCGACAAUCGAAACCUUUAUGGAUGGCAUCUUGCCUUGUGAGCCGUGGCGAAGUGAUCCGACGUUGCUGCCUAUCCCGUGGCACAAGGAGCUUGCGGCCAAGCCCGACAAGCCUCUCAAGAUCGGAUAUUACAUCAAUGACAACGUCGUCCGUGUACAGCCGCCUAUUGAACUUGCGGUACGGGCUGUCGUUGAUAGCAUCACGGCUGCAGGGCACACUUUGAUCGAAUGGGACCCCACCUCGCAUGCUGAAGCUUACAAUGAUUGGACAACUGCCACAUUCGCUGAUGGCAGUGAGUCUCACAGGAUGCUGAGUGAGGCCAGCGGAGAGCCGUUAGUCAAAGGGCUUCUCGUUGGAACUGAAGAAGACAAACUCUCAGUUGCAAAGUCUCGCCAUCUGGCUGCCAAAAAGCUCAAGUAUGAGCAAGGAUACCUCAAGCGCUGGAACGAGGCAGGUGUUGACGCCCUCAUCACGCCGGUGGCACCCUGGGUCGGGAUGAGACCCAGAGUGUGGGCCAAGUCAAAGCCUCACGUCGGAUACACCUCGCACUGGAAUUGGCUUGAUUAUGCAGCCUUGACGAUCCCCGUAAUGCGAGCUGAAAGCGAUGGUGCCUCGAGCCAGCAGUGGACUGAUCAUGUCCCAUGUAACAAGAGCGAUGAGAUAAACUACCAGCUGUAUGAUUUUGAGCAGAUGCGCGGCAUGCCGGUUGGUGUGCAGAUUAUUGGAGGAAACCGCUGCGUGCUGGCGAAAGAGAACACGAUGACCAGUUCGCCGGCAUCGCCGCGACGGCGACAUAUCCUUUCGUCUGUCAAUCCCGGCGACAGUCACGAGAACACACCAGAGCCAACCAAGCGCAAAUCGCCGCCCGCUCCAACAGACGCAGGAGCAGAAGCACAAGCGCAAGCAGAACCAGGCGACGGCGAAAACCUGCGACCUAGAUCAUCCCGCUUUCGAUUAAAAUCUAAACAUUCAAAGUCGAGCCGAUCGCAUCGUCACCGCGAUCGUGAACGUGGCCAUGAUCCAGACGCCGCCGACAAUGACGAAUCCCGCUCAGAACACCGCCACAGUCGCCGCCACCACCACCACCACAGCAGCAGCCGGCGACAUCGCAGACGUUCACGGUCCCCGACGCCACCGAACCCCUACGAACCCCAGGCCCUCGACCCAGACGCCGCAUUCCGCGAAUCCCUAUUCGACGCGAUGGCCGACGACGAGGGCGCGGCAUACUGGCAGGGCGUCUACGGGCAGCCGAUACACGUCUACUCGAACGAGAGGCCAGGCCCAGAAGGCGAGCUCGAGCGGAUGACGGACGAAGAAUACUCCCAGCACGUCAGGCAAAAGAUGUGGGAGAAGACACACCAGGGCUUACUAGAAGAGAGGGCCCGUCGGGAAGAAGCACGGAAACGCAAAAAGGAAGAGGAAAAGGUGAAUAGGAAGCUCCAAGAAGACAUGGAGCGGAGCCUGCGUCGCGGGGAGGAGCGGCGCAAGAAGAGAGCAUGGGUCCAGCUGUGGGAAGAUUACACACGAGGCUGGACGGAGUGGGCCAACAACGUGGACAAGAUUCCCUGGCCCGUAGAAAGCGGUCGACGUAGAGACAUUAACGAAAAGGAAGUCCGGCGGUUCAUCGUCAACGGGCUCGGGCUGGAGGAUAUUGGCGAGAAGGUGUUCGCUGCGAAGCUGCGCGAGGAGCGCGUGCGGUGGCAUCCCGACAAGAUGCAGCAGAAGCUUGGCGGACAGGUGGACGACGAAGUUAUGAAGGACAUUACGGCGAUUUUCCAAAUCAUUGAUAAGUUAUGGGCAGAUACCCGGUCGAAGGCGUAA